AUGCAGGAGGACAGGAAACAACGUGGGCUUGAGGCGAGUCCACCCGCCAGGGGUGACCAAGUCAUUCACGCUGUCAUUGUCGCUUUAUCCUUUCGCUCCGUCAAACUGGCCGCGCCGUCAUCCUCCUGGCAUGGCUCGCCUGAGAAGCGGCACCCUGCCGGUGAUAAGAACCCCAACCCAGAAAGGAACGUGUCUUACCUGAGCUGGCUCACGUAUUGGUGGUUUAAUAGAAUAAUCACCCUUGGCUACAAGAGACCUUUGCAGAGAGAGGACCUUUUCGAGUUAAAUGAUCAUGACUCUCCCUACACUGUCUGUCCAGCCUUCGAGAAGCACUGGAAGGAGGAACACAUUCAAUGGCAAAAGGGACACCGAGAGGAUGAGGAGAGUUUACUGGGACCCCGGCAGAGCAGGAAGCCCUCCCUGUUUCGGGCCUUAUGGCGCACAUUCAGCGUCCUUUUUAUCCAGGUGUUCCUGCUGAAACUGUUGGCUGACAUGUUGGCGUUUGUCAGUCCACAGGUACUCAAGCUGCUCAUUGCCUUCUGUGAAAAUCAGCCACUGUUAGACUGGAGUGGUCCCACGUAUGCUCUGGUGCUUUUUGUGGCCGCGUCGUACACGUUAAUCCUGCAAGUUUAUCACCGCCUCAACAUGUUAGCGGCUGCCAAAAUUAAGACUGCAGUGAUUGGAUUAAUAUACAAGAAGGCUUUAAGUAUAACAAAUUCCUCUCGACGGAAAUUUACAACUGGAGAGGUUGUCAACCUAAUGUCUGCAGAUGCCCAGCAGUUAAUGGACAUGGCCUUAAACAUGAACCUGCUGUGGUCCGCUCCAUUUCAGAUCCUAUUAGCUGUCUACUUCCUGUGGAAGGAACUGGGAGCCGCCGUCAUGGCAGGGCUGGCCGUCCUUCUGCUGGUCAUUCCUUUAAAUGCGUUUGUGGCAUCCAGAGUGAAACAUCUAAAGAAAACCCACAUGAAGGCCAAAGACCAGCGCCUUAAACUGCUAAAUGAAAUAUUGCAUGGAAUUAAGAUCCUCAAGUUGUACGCCUGGGAACCUUCAUUCCUUCAAAAAAUCGUGAAAGUACGAGAAGGAGAGAUGGAGGUGCUGAAGUCUUCGGGCUACCUGACUGCCUUCUCCAUGCUGACGCUGACCUGUGUGCCUUUCCUGGUUUCUAUGGCCAGCUUUGGAGUGUUUGUUAUGACGGAUAAUGAAAACGUUUUAACGGCUUCCACAGUUUUCACCUCCAUUUCUCUGUUUAAUAUUCUACGACUCCCUCUGUUUGACCUGCCAACGGUGAUCUCUUCCAUUGUUCAGACAAAAAUAUCUCUGGGCCGGCUGGAGAGAUUUAUCUGCUGCGAUGAACUUGACCCCACUAGCGUUCAGACGGAGUACCUUGGAGGCCAUGCUGUUGGAUUUGUCGAUGCCUCGUUUCGUUGGGAGAAGACUGGAUGUGCUGCAUUGAGAGAGUUAAAUUUGAAAAUAGCUGAUGAGUCGCUCGUUGCUGUGGUCGGGCAGGUUGGCGCCGGUAAAUCCUCUUUACUCUCGGCUAUCCUUGGAGAGAUGGAAAAGGUUGAAGGCCUCCUCCAGAGAAAGGGCACAGUCGCUUACGUAUCCCAGCAGGCCUGGAUUCAAAAUGCUACUCUUCAAGAAAAUAUUCUCUUUGGUGCCGAAAUGAUUGAGAGCCGCUACCACCUGGUUAUGGAGGCGUGCUGCCUCCUGCCAGACCUGGAGCUUCUGCCACACGGGGACCAGACGGAAAUCGGAGAGCGGGGCGUGAAUUUAAGUGGAGGCCAGAAACAGCGAGUGAGCCUCGCCAGGGCUGUCUAUGCUGAUGCGGACAUCUAUCUGCUGGACGAUCCCUUGUCAGCUGUCGACGUCCAUGUCGGGAAUCAACUUUUAGAAAAAGUUAUUGGACCAGCAGGACUUCUGAAAAAUAAAACCCGUGUUCUCGUGACUAACAGUACCGUAGUGCUGCCUUUAGCUGAUCAAAUACUAGUUAUGGACGAGGGCAGAAUUAUUGAAAUGGGCUCCUAUGAGAAGCUGCUGUCUGAUAAGCGGAGGUUUGCCGACUUUCUUGAAAAGUAUUGCAGUAAACCUGAGGAGAAGAGCAGGCCUGAGGCUGAAGAGAUGCACAAGAAAGACGAGAGUAAUGUCAAACAUGGAAAAGUAUCAACAGGGUCAUCCCACGAGAACAAAGGCCGACUCCUGAUGAAGAAAGAAGAAGUUGCAACUGGAAGUGUUAAAGGCUCCGUCAUCUUGAAGUACCUGAACUCGUUUGGCACCUUCUGGGUGACUCUCACCAUGAUGGCCUACAUAAGUCAAAACGUAGUCUCACUGGGGCAGAACUGGCUGCUGAGGACUUGGACAGAUGAAGCCAAGCAGGUUCAGGAAAUGGCUAAGUGGAUAGAACUCAGAGAUUCACGGCUGCGCAUGUAUGGAGAACUGGGUGUCAUACAAGCUCUGGCCGUGUGCUUCGGCGCCUUCGUCUUGACCAAAGGAACUCUACAGGCCUCACGAACGCUACAUCAUCAAAUGCUGGACAGCAUUCUGCAUCUCCCUCUGCUUUUCUUUGAGACGACGCCCAUCGGUCAGCUCGUCAGCAGAUCCACUAAGGACAUCUACGUCAUCGACGAGCGUUUCCACUACUACCUACGCACCUGGUUCAACUGCCUGCUGGAUGUGAUGGCAACCAUUGUGGUCAUUAUCGUGGCCACUCCCUUGUUCGCCGUGGCUAUCGUCCCCCUUGCCAUUCUGUAUUUCAGUAUUCAGAGAUACUACAUUGCAAGCUCCCGGCAGAUUCGGCGACUGGACGGGGCUUCUCGAUCUCCCGUGAUCUCUCACUUCAGUGAGACCCUUCUGGGUGUUUCUACAAUACGAGCGUUCGGCUAUCAAGACCGCUUCAUCAGUCAGAACAAAGAGGUCAUCUAUGAGAACCUCGUCUGCUACUACAACAACGUGAUUUCCAAUCGGUGGCUGGCGGUCAGACUUGAAUUUGUUGGAAACCUGAUGAUCUUCUUAGCUGCACUCUUUAUGGUCAAGAAUAAAAGUCACCUGGAUUCUGGAACGGUGGGCCUCGCCAUGACCUACGCACUCAACAUCACAGCAACUUUGAACUUUUGGGUUCGCAAAGCCUGUGAAAUUGAGACGAACGCAGUGGCCAUCGAAAGAAUCUGUGAAUAUUCUGAAAUGGACAAAGAGGCACCUUGGACGUUACCCACAAGACCACCUGCCGUCUGGCCGGAACAAGGAGUUGUGCGCUUUGACAAGUAUGAGGCUCGCUAUAAGAGGAACCUGGAGCCCGCUCUUCACGACGUGUCCUUCCAAACUCUCAGUAAAGAAAAGGUGGGAAUUGUGGGAAGGACGGGAGCAGGGAAGUCCACCCUGACAAACUGCUUAUUCAGGAUCCUAGAAGCUUCCAAAGGCCGAAUCUUUAUAGACGGAGUAGACAUAAGUGCCAUCGGACUGCAUGACCUGCGUGAAAAACUGAACAUCAUACCUCAGGACCCAGUUUUAUUUUCUGGCACGAUCCGAGAAAACCUCGACCCACUGGGCAGUCACUCCGAUUCUGAGCUCUGGAUGGCACUGGAAUUGUGCCACCUGAAGGAUUUUGUCCAGUCACUGCCAAAACACAUCCAUCACGAAGUAGCAGAAGGUGGAGAAAACCUCAGUGUCGGUCAACGCCAGCUGCUCUGCCUCACCCGCGCUCUGCUCAGAAAGACCAAAGUCCUCAUCUUGGAUGAGGCGACGGCUUCCAUUGACCUGGAGACCGACAACUUGGUCCAGAUGACCAUCCGGAAGACGUUCUCGGACUGCACCAUACUGACCAUCGCCCACCGCCUGCACACCAUCAUGGAUUCUGACAGGGUGCUGGUGUUGGACUCGGGCAGAGUCGUUGAGUUCGACUCCCCGGAAAAUCUCCUCGAGAAAGGCGGCGUUUUCUACCACAUGGUUUCUGAAGCGGGAAUCACUGGGAGCGGCAAAACCAAGACGACAAAUCGGCGAAGCUGAGAGCCGAGCGGCUGCAGGCGUCUCCUUCAUGGCAGACUUCUGUCUUUCUUUCUGUCUUUCUUUCAGGUUUCAUAUUUUUGUACCUUCCUGCAAUGACAGAUGUUGGUCCUUAAACGAUCCUCCUGCUGUUAUUAUUUUUGUAAAUUUCCUUCAGAUAGGAAUGUAAAGUUGUGAUAGAAAGUAUUUUGUCAAUGUGAGCCGUGCAGGUGCGUCUCGGCCAAUAAAAAGUCGACAAGCGCAGUGCGCCGCCUGCCGUUACAACUUGA